AUGCCGAACACAACGGGCAGCGGUUUCCAAUGGGAUAAACUAUCACCGGCUGAGUUCCAGCAGUUGCAGGAGCUCACGUCUUAUUCAACGAGGAAACUUCAAGAUGUCCUCAACGAAUUUUGCGAAACUAAAAAACAAAGUCCGGACGGGGAUAUUGACUUCGAAGGCUUCCGAUGGUUCCUGGACACCUUCCUUGAAGUCACUACUCCAGAUGACCUGGCAAGGCAUCUGUUUCUCUCCUUCGUGCGGAGAGACAAGAGACCAGCUCUUCGUGAGAUGGCAGCAGCGAGUUCUACCACCGCUUGUGCUGCUGUCACAGCUCAUGCUGACCAUCCGGCAAAAUUAAGUCUCGCCUCCAAGAUUCAUGGUCUCGCGGAGAGAUUGCAGCAACUUGGAAAGGGUUCCGGAGACUCGGUAGAUGGAGAAAAGGGUUCUAGAAGCAGAACUGGCAGCGUUCAUCCAAUGUUCUCUGUUACGACUCAUCCAUCAUACUCCUCUCACGAGCUGUGCUUAGGGAGGUUGGAGACCAGCCCCAGUCACAGCCAAAUGUCGAGGAACUCCAGCCGGAAAAGCAGCAAUAGUUUACGUGUGAAUCAAUCAACGAAGAUAGAAGACUUCAAGCACCUAAUGCGGCGUCCUUCAACCAUUGAAGUUCAUACAGCUCGUGUCUCUCUUAAAGACAUCGUGUGUUACCUCUCCCUCCUGGAGGCUGGCAGACCUGAAGACAAACUGGAAUUUAUGUUCCGUUUGUACGACACGGAUGGUAACGGAGUCUUAGACACCAAUGAGAUGGACUGCAUCGUGAACCAGAUGAUGACCGUCGCGGAGUAUCUUGGCUGGGAGACAUCUGAACUUAGACCGAUUCUACAAGACAUGAUGGUGGAGAUAGAUUAUGACGCUGAUGGCACCGUUUCUUUGGACGAAUGGAAUAGAGGAGGAAUGACGACAAUACCGCUUCUAGUAUUAUUAGGUUUGGACACCAACGUGAAGGAGGACGGCGAACACGCGUGGAGACUGAAACACUUCAACAGACCGGCGUACUGCAACCUGUGUCUCAACAUGCUGGUCGGCUUGGGGAAGAAAGGACUCUGUUGUAUAUUCUGUAAGUUCACUGUUCACGAGCGUUGCGUGCAGCGAGCGCCUGCAUCAUGUGUAGCGACCUAUUGCAAGAGUAGACGAGCACCGGCCGCACUGGCGCACCACUGGGUCGAGGGAAACUGCCACGGAAAAUGUGCGAGAUGUCGGAAGAAAAUCAAAGGUUAUAACGGAAUAACUGGACUACACUGUCGGUGGUGUCAUAUUACUCUCCAUAAUCGUUGUGUGGGCAGCGCGGGUGGAGCCUGUACGCUUGGGAGACAUGCGAGGCACAUUCUACCUCCGACAGCCAUCAGGCCUCUCGUGUUGGACAGACAGAGAUCACUACCACACAGACAUACGCCGGAUAAGCAAACCCUACCAGUGUCGAUAUCUCUUCCUAUCUCCAUCGCAGCGACCACAGAAGAGAAGAAAGAAGAGAAGGAGAAGGAGAAAGAACACAGAGCUCCACCUAUAUCCUUUCAGAUAACACCACCAGAGGGCACUUGUCCGUUAUUAGUCUUCAUUAAUCCAAAAUCUGGAGGCAGACAAGGGUCUAGAGUACUUCGAAAGCUCCAGUAUAUCUUGAACCCUCGACAGGUACAUGAUAUAGCCAAAGGGGGGCCAAUGCAAGGUUUGCAAACAUUCAAAGACGUUAGAAACUACAGAGUGAUUUGUUGUGGUGGAGACGGAACUGUUGGCUGGGUGUUGGAGACUAUGGAUAAAAUCCAGAUGGAGUGUCGUCCAGCGGUCGGCGUCAUCCCUCUUGGUACCGGCAACGACCUGGCCAGGUGUCUGCGGUGGGGUGGGGGGUAUGAAGGCGAAUCAAUCCAUAAGAUUCUGGACAAGAUAGGUCGCGCCAGUACCGUCAUGAUGGAUCGAUGGCACAUACACGUUGAGAAUUCAACGGAUGAGGUGGAACAGCUCCAGAUGCCUGACUCAACUCCUCACCCUACAUCUGUACCGUACAACAUCAUCAACAACUACUUCUCCAUAGGCGUUGACGCCGCUAUCUGCGUCAAGUUCCACACGGAGCGCGAACGGAACCCGGACAAGUUCAGCUCCAGGAUGAAGAACAAGCUGUGGUACUUCGAGUUCGCGACCUCGGAACAGUUCGCGGCCAGCUGCAAGAACCUGCACGAGAACAUCGAGCUCGUGUGUGACGGAGUUUCCCUCGAGCUGAACAAGGGUCCCGCGCUACAGGGAGUCGCUCUGUUGAACAUACCUUACGCACACGGGGGGUCCAACCUGUGGGGGGCCAGCGGGGCCCAUAGACGGGGGAGGUUCCCGGACGCGCAGCAAGAUAUUGGCGAUAAGCUGAUAGAAGUCAUCGGCCUGGAGAACUGUCUGCACAUGGGACAGGUUAGGACAGGGCUACGAGCGUCAGGACGGCGUCUUGCCCAGUGUAGUAGCAUCAGACUUAUAACGAAAAGGACCUUCCCCAUGCAGAUUGAUGGGGAACCAUGGAUGCAGCCGCCAUGCAAGGAUAUUGACUUCGAAGGCUUCCGAUGGUUCCUGGAUACCUUCCUCGAAGUCACUACUCCAGAUGACCUGGCGAGGCAUCUGUUUCUGUCCUUCGUGCGGAGAGACAAGAGACCAGCUCUCCGUGAGAUGGCAGCAGCGAGUUCUACCACCGCUUGUGCUGCUGUUACAGCUCAUGCUGACCAUCCGGCAAAACUAAGUCUGGCCUCCAAGAUUCAUGGUCUCGCGGAGAGAUUGCAGCAACUUGGAAAGGGUUCCGGAGACUCGGUGGACGGAGAGAAGGGUUCUAGAAGCAGAACUGGCAGCGUUCAUCCAAUGUUCUCUGUUACGACUCAUCCAUCAUACUCCUCUCACGAGCUGUGUCUAGGGAGGUUGGAGACCAGCCCCAGUCACAGCCAAAUGUCGAGGAACUCCAGCCGGAAAAGCAGCAAUAGCUUACGUGUGAAUCAAUCAACGAAGAUAGAAGAUUUCAAGCACCUAAUGCGGCGUCCUUCAACCAUUGAAGUUCAUACAGCUCGUGUCUCUCUUAAAGACAUCGUGUGUUACCUCUCCCUCCUGGAGGCUGGCAGACCUGAAGAUAAACUGGAAUUUAUGUUCCGUUUGUACGACACGGAUGGUAACGGAGUCUUAGACACCAAUGAGAUGGACUGCAUCGUGAACCAGAUGAUGACCGUGGCGGAGUAUCUUGGCUGGGAGACAUCUGAACUUAGACCGAUUCUACAAGACAUGAUGGUUGAAAUAGAUUAUGACGCUGAUGGCACAGUUUCUUUGGACGAAUGGAAUAGAGGAGGCAUGACGACAAUACCGCUUCUAGUAUUAUUAGGUUUGGACACCAACGUGAAGGAGGACGGCGAACACGCGUGGAGACUGAAACACUUCAACAGACCGGCGUACUGCAACCUGUGUCUCAACAUGCUGGUCGGCUUGGGGAAGAAAGGACUCUGUUGUAUAUUCUGUAAGUUCACUGUUCACGAGCGGUGCGUGCAGCGAGCGCCUGCAUCAUGUGUAGCGACGUACUGCAAGAGUAGACGAGCACCAGCCGCACUCGCGCACCACUGGGUCGAGGGAAACUGCCACGGGAAAUGUGCGAGAUGUCGGAAGAAAAUCAAAGGUUAUAACGGUAUAACUGGACUACACUGUCGGUGGUGUCAUAUUACUCUCCAUAAUCGUUGUGUGGGCAGCGCGGGUGGAGCCUGUACACUCGGCAGACACGCGAGACACAUCCUGCCUCCGACUGCCAUCAGGCCGUUGGUACUAGACAGACAGAGAUCACUACCACACAGACAUACGCCGGAUAAGCAAACCUUGCCAGUGUCGAUAUCUCUUCCUAUCUCCAUCGCAGCGACCACAGAAGAAAAGAAAGAAGAGAAGGAGAAGGAAAGAGAACACAGAGCUCCACCUAUAUCCUUUCAGAUAACUCCACCAGAGGGCACUUGUCCGUUACUAGUCUUCAUUAACCCAAAAUCUGGAGGCAGACAAGGGUCUAGAGUACUUCGGAAGCUCCAGUAUAUCUUGAACCCUCGACAGGUACAUGAUAUAGCCAAAGGGGGGCCAAUGCAAGGUUUGCAAACAUUCAAAGACGUUAGGAACUACAGAGUGAUUUGUUGUGGUGGAGACGGAACUGUUGGCUGGGUGUUGGAGACUAUGGAUAAAAUCCAGAUGGAGUGUCGUCCAGCGGUCGGCGUCAUCCCUCUUGGUACCGGCAACGACCUGGCCAGGUGUCUGCGGUGGGGUGGGGGGUAUGAAGGCGAAUCAAUCCAUAAGAUUCUGGACAAGAUAGGUCGCGCCAGUACCGUCAUGAUGGAUCGAUGGCACAUACAUGUUGAGAAUUCAACGGAUGAGGUGGAACAGCUUCAGAUGCCUGACUCAGCUCCUCACCCUACAUCUGUACCAUACAACAUCAUCAACAACUACUUCUCCAUAGGCGUUGACGCCGCUAUCUGCGUCAAGUUCCACACGGAGCGUGAACGGAACCCGGACAAGUUCAGCUCCAGGAUGAAGAACAAGCUGUGGUACUUCGAGUUCGCGACCUCGGAACAGUUCGCGGCCAGCUGCAAGAACCUGCACGAGAACAUCGAGCUCGUGUGUGACGGAGUUUCCCUCGAGCUGAACAAGGGUCCCGCGCUACAGGGAGUCGCUCUGUUGAACAUACCUUACGCACACGGGGGGUCCAACCUGUGGGGGGCCAGCGGGGCCCAUAGACGGGGGAGGUUCCCGGACGCGCAGCAAGAUAUUGGUGAUAAGCUGAUAGAAGUCAUCGGCCUGGAGAACUGUCUGCACAUGGGACAAGUUAGGACAGGGCUACGAGCGUCAGGACGGCGUCUUGCCCAGUGUAGUAGCAUCAGACUUAUAACGAAAAGGACCUUCCCCAUGCAGAUUGAUGGAGAACCAUGGAUGCAGCCGCCUUGCAAGGAUAUUGACUUCGAAGGCUUUCGAUGGUUCCUGGACACCUUCCUCGAGGUCACUACUCCAGAUGACCUGGCGAGGCAUCUGUUUCUCUCCUUCGUGCGGAGAGACAAGAGACCAGCUCUUCGUGAGAUGGCAGCAGCGAGCUCGACCACCGCUUGUGCUGCUGUUACCGCUCAUGCUGACCAUCCGGCAAAAUUAAGUCUGGCCUCCAAGAUUCAUGGUCUCGCGGAGAGAUUGCAGCAACUUGGAAAGGGUUCCGGAGAUUCGGUGGACGGAGAGAAGGGUUCUAGAAGCAGAACUGGCAGCGUUCAUCCAAUGUUCUCUGUUACGACUCAUCCAUCAUACUCCUCUCACGAGCUGUGUCUAGGGAGGUUGGAGACCAGCCCCAGUCACAGCCAAAUGUCGAGGAACUCCAGCCGGAAAAGCAGCAAUAGCUUACGUGUGAAUCAAUCAACGAAGAUAGAAGACUUCAAGCACCUAAUGCGGCGUCCUUCAACCAUUGAAGUCCAUACAGCAAGAGUCUCUCUUAAAGACAUCGUGUGUUACCUCUCCCUCCUGGAGGCUGGCAGACCUGAAGAUAAACUGGAAUUUAUGUUCCGUUUGUAUGACACGGAUGGUAACGGAGUCUUAGACACCAAUGAGAUGGACUGCAUCGUGAACCAGAUGAUGACCGUCGCGGAGUAUCUUGGCUGGGAGACAUCUGAACUUAGACCGAUUCUACAAGACAUGAUGGUGGAAAUAGAUUAUGACGCUGAUGGCACCGUUUCUUUGGACGAAUGGAAUAGAGGAGGAAUGACAACAAUACCGCUUCUAGUAUUAUUAGGUUUGGACACCAACGUGAAGGAGGACGGCGAACACGCGUGGAGACUGAAACACUUCAACAGACCGGCGUACUGCAACCUGUGUCUCAACAUGCUGGUCGGCUUGGGGAAGAAAGGACUCUGUUGUAUAUUCUGUAAGUUCACUGUUCACGAGCGUUGCGUGCAGCGAGCGCCUGCAUCGUGUGUAGCGACUUACUGCAAGAGUAGACGAGCACCAGCCGCACUGGCGCACCACUGGGUCGAGGGUACGUAUAUACAGACAGACACACACACAGAGAGAGAGAGAAAGAAAUAG